AUGGAGGCGGCCCCCGGAGGGUCCCCGGCCCCUGCGGCCGAGGCGCCCGCGCCCCAGCCGGAGGCGCGCACCCUGGAGCCCCGCUCGGACAGAAGAGCUGGCCGCCUCUCGUUCUGUACGAAGGUUUGCUAUGGCAUUGGCGGGGUCCCCAAUCAGGUGGCCUCCAGCGCCACAGCCUUUUACCUGCAGCUCUUCCUGCUCGAUGUGGCACAGAUCCCUGCUGCCCAGGCGUCACUUGUCCUGUUUGGAGGGAAGGUGUCUGGGGCAGCUGCUGACCCCGUGGCUGGGUUCUUCAUCAGCAGGAGCAGGAGGACAGGGUCCGGACGACUCAUGCCCUGGGUGCUGGGCUGCAUGCCCUUCAUCGCCUUGGCUUACUUCUUCCUGUGGUACCUGCCCCCCUUCACCAACCUCCGAGGCCUUUGGUACAUGACCUUCUACUGCCUGUUCCAGGCUCUGUCCACGUUCUUCCAGGUGCCCUACACGGCGCUCACCAUGCUGCUGACGCCCAGCCCCCCGGAGCGGGACUCGGCCACCGCCUACCGGAUGACCAUGGAGAUGGCGGGGACGCUGCUGGGAGCCGCCGCCCAUGGACUCAUCGUGUCCGGGGCCCACGGUCCCCACCGGUGCGAGGACGCCGAGUUCCCAGGGCCGGGCGCCGUCUCCCCCAACGCGACUUGUCUCUACUCCAUUGCAGCCGCCGUGGUUGCUGUGACGUACCCCGUGUGCAGUGGUUUGCUCUGCUUGGGGGUGAAGGAGCGGCCAGACCCCUCUGCCCCAGCCUCCAGCCAGGGCAUGAGCUUCCUGGCCGGGCUGGGCCUCACUGUCCGGCACCCACCCUACCUGAAGCUGGUGAUCUCCUUCCUGUUCAUCUCCGCAGCCGUCCAGGUGGAGCAGAGCUACCUGGUCCUGUUCUGUACACAUGCCUCCGAGCUCCACGACCACGUCCAGAGCCUGGUGCUGACCAUCCUGGUCUCCGCUGUGCUGAGCACCCCGCUGUGGGAGUGGUUUCUGCAGCGAUUUGGGAAGAGGAUGUCGGCCUUCGGGAUCUGUGUGAUGGUGCCUUUUGUAAUCCUGUUGGCUGCUGUGCCCACAGCCCCCGUGGCAUACGUCGUGGCCUUUGUAUCUGGCGUGAGCAUUGCUGUGUCCUUGCUGCUACCCUGGUCCAUGCUCCCAGACGUGGUAGAUGACUUCCAGCUGCAGCACCAGCACGGGCCCGGCAUGGAGACCAUCUUCUACUCCUCCUACGUCUUCUUCACGAAGCUCUCGGGCGCAGGUGCCCUGGGCAUCUCCACGCUCAGCCUUGAGUUUGCGGGGUAUAAGGCAGGAGCCUGCAAGCAGGCAGAGCAGGUGGUGGUGACCCUCAAGGUCCUCAUCGGUGCUGUGCCCACCUGCAUGAUCCUCACCGGUCUUUGCAUCCUCAUGGUCGGCCCCGGUCCAAAGGUGCCAAGCCAGGACACCUCUCGCCAGCUGAGCCUUCGAAGGAGGACCAGCUACAGCCUGGCUGCAAGUUAAAGCUUCGUGAUCCAACAGCAGGAGCCCGC